AUGGAUUUUCUGCCGACGCUCGAAGCAUCAUGGAACCAAAAGACCCAACAGCACAUCUGUAUCAUAGGCAGUGGCCCAUCCGGCUUAGCUGCCCUCAAAAUUAUACGUGACUCCCAGCAGUUCAAAGGCGGACUUUGGACAGCGACCGCAUUCGAAGCUCGAGAUAAGGUCGGAGGCAUUUGGCUUCCUGCGCCACCCAUAAGCAAUCCUCCAUCAACACCUCUCUACGACUCGCUUACGACCAACCUACCUCAUCCGGUCAUGGCGUAUACCUCAUUCCCGUUCCCUGCGGGAACCUCCCUGUUUCCCCCUGCCUCCACAGUCUUGAAAUACUUUGAGGAUUACGCAGCUCACUUCGAACUGAACGAGCACAUCAGACUGAACACGCCCGUGCUGUCUAUCACCCGGGACCACACGGCCGGGAAAUGGACUGUUUGCGUCCGGGCUCUGGAAACAUCCGCGGAAGAGACACACGAUUUCGACUAUGUGAUCGUCGCGAACGGACAUUACCGCCUCCCUCGUUUACCCGCUACUCCGGGGCUAGGGGAAUGGGUCGAGGCUAAGAGGGCUGUGCAUUCGGUCUACUACCGGAACCCUUCGACCUUCGGUGACGCCAAGACGGUACUUGUAGUCGGCGGCGGUCCGAGCGGGCAAGACCUCGUCACAGAUCUGCUGGCUUCAGGUAGGAACGUCGUUCAUUCCGUCACGGGUGCGGCGCCAGAAAACUUGCACGACGGUCGCCUCAAGGUGCGCGGUCGAAUAGCACAGUACGGCGACCUGGACAAAGGCCUUGUUACAUUUGAGGAUGGAUCCGAGGAGUCCGGCAUAGACAAGGCCGUUCUCGCGACGGGAUACAAGUUCGACUUCCCGUUCUUCCCGACGUCCGUGUUGCGCCCUUCCAUCCCACCGCCAGUGCCACCCCUUCCUGGCGCUCUGUACAAUUCGACCUAUCAUAUCUUCCCUUUGGCACGGCACGUUUUCCCCCUCGUCGGCGCCGACGAGUUCCCGUCCUCCACCGUCGCCUUUCUUGGCAUACCGAUCCGGGUAGCCCCGCUCCCGCUCCUAGAAGCGCAAAUGCGGGCCGUCCUGCACGUUUUCGAACACCCAGAGAGCCUUGACCCCACGCAAGAAGCCAUCGACAUCAUCUCCCGAUACGAGACCCUCCGAGCCCGAGUCGCCCAGCAGCGCGCAUCGUCAUCUCCCACCCAAUUUCCGGAUGGGGUAGACGGCCCCAUUUCCGGACCGUCCGAGGACCCCGUCGAGCUCGCCAUCGCCGCAGCGUGGCACCGCUUCGAGGGGCACGAGCAGUUCCAAUACCGGGACGCGAUGCACGCCUUCGCCGAGUACCCGCACCGCGUGCCGGCGUGGGAGAUCGAGAUGUACGACGCGAAGGGGAUCCUGCGCGAGGAGUGGCGCGACCUCGAGCGCCUGGGGCAGGCGGAGGAGUGGGUAAAGGAUGUCGGGGCAGGCGAAGGGGAAAAGGUGGCCGAGGAGUGGGUGGAUUUGAUGCGGAAACUAUUGAGAAGGGCCGAGGAGAGGCAUCCGGAGCGAAGCCGGUUGUGA